GUGCUCUCUCCCUCUCCCUCUCCCUCUCUCUUUCUCACUCUCCUGCUCUCUCUUUACUAUCUCUCUGUCUCUCACUCGUGCUUUUAAGAGAAUAUCACCCAUUGACUGGCUGGAUGUCGGAAUAGCAGCCGUGCAGAAGCUGGGAGCCUUGAGGCGGAUUCUAUGAGUAAAAACAUUGAGGACAAGAGUUCCAUAUCUCCCACCUGGAUCCCUUGGAUCUUCAGCAAGGAUUGUCUCUGCAGUUGAGGGUCAUUUCAGAAUCAGCUGUUCCAGCCUGCUCUGAUGGAGUCUCAACGCAGUUUGGAGCUACAAAUGUUCUCCAACAGCAGCAGCAGUAUGGACACGGGCUCAGAGAAGGUCAUGCUGGAGGACAGUAUGUCAACGGAACAAGAGGAGUUUCUACCACAUGAGUCCGCGGUGAAGAAGAAGGUCCAGUUUACAGAUUUUGAAGGGAAGACGUCCUUUGGAAUGUCCGUCUUCAACCUCAGCAAUGCCAUCAUGGGGAGCGGUAUUCUGGGGCUGGCAUACGCCAUGUCAAACACUGGGAUCAUCCUCUUCCUGUAAGUGAUCCAGCGCAUGCACACGCA